AUGAGUAGUAUUGUUAACAAGAGUGGCACGCGUUUUGCCCCUAAAGUAAGGCAACGUAGAGUUGCCACCAGUGGUACACCGACACCGGCACCAAGAACACCUCAACUAUUUAUUCCUGAGAGUAAAGAAAUAGAAAUUGAUAACAGUGACAACGAUAAGGCUGCCGAUAAGAAUGAAAUAGACGUUACUGAAAAGACUACCCAAGCAGAGGAACAUCCUUUAGAGGGAUUUACAUUAACUGCCUCUGCCAAACGUGAUGAUGAGUUGGAAGAACAUGAGGGGCCCAUGGAUGCUUCCACACAAAAAUCUAAAUCAGCAGCUGCGGAGGAUAAUGAGACGUUACAACUGACAUCUCUGCAAACCCAGCAAGACAAAAAAAGAUCGAGAUCCAGCAGGCUAGCCUCACUGAGCAAAGACAACGAAAACCGUCCAAGUUUUAAGCCAUCGUUUCUCGAUUCCUCGAGUAAUAGUAAUGGACCUACUCGACGUUUAUCCACAAUAUCCAACAAGCUUCCUAAGAAGAUUAGGUUAGGUAGCAUUACGGAAAAUGACAUGAACUUGAAAACUUUCAAAAGGCAUAGGGUUCUGGGCAGGCCACCGUCGACUAAAAAGUCGACUGGUGCACAUAGAAUCAGCAUUGUUUCCAAAAUUACACCACCCACCGCAAUGAAUUAUUCUGUGGACAAGAAUGAAUCCUCUUCUGAAAAUUUGUUGUCAAAGGCAGCUAGCGAGAAUGCAAAUUACGUGAUUAGUAAAGUUAAGGAUAUACCCAAAAAUGUGAAAGACGGAGAGUCCGCUAAAUAUCUUAUUGAUGAGGAGAAUUUCACAAUGGCUGAGCUAUGCAAGCCAAGUUUCCCUAUUGGCCAAAUAUCUGAAAACUUUGAAAAAUCUAAAAUGGCCAAAAAGGCUAAAUUAGAGAAAAGGAGACACCUCAGAGAGUUAAGGAUGCGUGCACGCCAGGAAUUCAAGCCGUUACAAUCAUUGACCAAGGAAGAACAAGAGGAACAAGAAGAGAAGAGGAAGGAGGAGAGAGAUAAACUAUUAAAUGCUGACAUUCCAGAGUCAGAUCGCAAAGCACAUACAGCAAUCCAACUAAAAAUUAACCCUGAUGGUACUAUGGCUAUUGAUGAAGAUACUAUGGUUGUUGACAGACAUAAAAAUGCCAGUAUCGAAAAUGAUUAUAAGGAAAAAGUUGAUGAAAACCCAUUUGCCAAUCUUUAUAACUAUGGGUCAUACGGUAGGAGCUCUUACACGGAUCCAUGGACCGUUGAGGAAAUGGUAAAAUUUUAUAAGGCACUAUCAAUGUGGGGAACUGAUUUCAAUUUAAUAUCGCAAUUGUACCCUUAUAGAUCAAGAAGGCAAGUGAAGGCAAAGUUCGUUAAUGAGGAGAAAAAGCGUCCAAUACUGAUUGAAUUAGCUCUUCGAUCCAAGUUGCCGCCGAAUUUCGACGAAUAUUGUUGCGAAAUCAAAAAAAAUAUUGGCACGGUAGCAGACUUCAAUGAGAAAUUGGUUGAAUUACAAAAUGAACAUGAACAGCAUAUGAAGGAAAUUGAAGAGGCCAAGAACACAGCAAAGGCAGAAGACCAAACCACACAAAGAUUAAAUGAUGCAGACUUGAAUAAGAAGGGGUCUGGUGGUAUUAUGACGAAUGAUUUGAAAGUUUAUAGAAAGACGGAAGUUGUUUUGGGUACAAUCGAUGACUUGAAGAAAAAAAAACGUCGAGAAAACGACAUAAAUGAAAACGAGGAUGAUCAAUUCAGUGGGGGUGAGCCUGAAAUUGACCAGUGA